CUUUCACCUCUGUGCUGCGGCUCCCUGUGGCUUUGGGAAAUAAUUGGUCAGUAUUUAAUUAAAAUAUAUUUUAUGUUAGUUUGUUAGCUUUUGAAAUGUAAUUCUAAAUUUGAAGAUUAUGGUGAUCUUGUACAAUCUAAGUGUGGCGACACAUUUCCUGGCACAUCCGAAACGGCUCACAAUUAGCCACCGUUCCGGCUAAGGGAGAUAGCCUACGGGGGUUUGUGAGUACGCGUCUUUUGCAGCAUCUGCGUCCAUGGGGGCUGGGUUGAGGGAGGCUUAAAAGCAAGGCUGUUUAGUUCGAAUAAAGUUAUUCGACUGCAGUUUACUGACUGCGUGAGCACACCGCUACAACGUGUUUUUAUCGCUAUUAAUAUACGUCACCACUGCCAAUACCUGACACCCGCCAGUACGCGAUUUCUUUAAUUUUUCGAUCCAAGGUAAGCCAACUAUGGAGAAUUCUAAAAAAAGAAAAGUGACUGAAGAAAACAGAACCUUUAAUGAUACGUGGACAGAUUCAUUUGCUUUCACUGUUGACGAGACUGGUUUACCGGUAUGCUUAAUAUGCAAUGAGAAACUAGCAAACAACAAAAAGUCAAAUGUCGCAAAGCAUUUCCAGAAUAAACACGCAGCCUUUGCUCAAAAAUAUCCGGAUGGAGAUGAGAGAAAAAAAGCCGUUUCGGAACUGAUGCGGAAGGUUGAUCUGAGCAAAAAUCAUUUCCAGAAAUGGAUGAAGUCUGGAAAAUCAACGACAUACGCCAGUUAUAUUGCCGCUCAGGAAAUAGUCAGGCACGGGAAGCAGUUUACAGAUGGUGAAUAUAUAAAAGAAUCUUUCAUUAAGAUUUCAGAACAUCUAUUCACGGACUUUAAAAACAAGAGUGAAAUUGUGCAGAAAAUCAGGGAUAUGCCCCUCUCUGCAAAGACUGUCAAAGACAGAACCAUAAAAAUGGCAGAAGACAUCACAAGACAGCAAAUUAAAGACAUCAAUUCAGCUGUGGCCUACUCGAUUGCCUGUGACGAGUCUAAAGACAAAGGUGAUAUUGAACAAAUAGCGUUGUUCUGCCAGUAUGUAAACUCUGCCGGGCCACAGGAAGAACUGAUUGAGUUGAUACCUCUAAAAGACCAAACACGAGGGGAGGACAUCUGUGAGGCUGUCUUGAAUUGUUUAAGAGCCAAAGGAAUAAAGACCACCCAUCUGGUGUCAGUAGCUACUGAUGGGGCACCGAAUAUGACGGGAACGCACAAGGGAUUUGUGGCUUUACUGCAGAAGUCGCUGGACAGAAAGCUGCUGACUUUUCACUGCAUCUUGCACCAAGAGGCACUGUGCGCUCAAACAUUUCCUCCGGAAUGCACAGAAGUAAUGGAUGUUGUCAUUCAGAUUGUCAAUAAAAUAAUGGCAAAAAGUUUAAAUCACCGUCAAUUCCGUUUGUUACUGGACGAGCUGGAAAGCGCAUAUUCUGAUCUCCUGCUGCACAACAAAGUCCGGUGGCUGUCCAAAGGGGAGGUGCUGAAACGCUUUGUCGCGUGUCUGGAAGAAGUGAAAACUUUCCUGGGCAGCAAAGGGCUCACCUUUCCUGAGCUGGAACAGCCAGAGUGGCUGGAAAAGCUACACUUCAUGGUAGACAUGACAGCGCACCUGAACACGCUGAACACAGCUCUUCAGGGGAAAGGACGUACAGCCCUACACAUGUUGGAGGAUGUUUUGGCAUUCGAGCGCAAGUUGACAGUGCUUGCCAGAGAUUUACAGAAAGGCACUUUGUCUCACUUCCCCAAUUUGAGAGAGUUCAAACAAGGUCACGACAUGAUAAUUUCGGAGUAUUUACAUUCUGCAAUCAUCGCAAUGCAAACAUCGUUUGGGAAACGCUUCUGUGAGUUCAGAGAGGAAAAAAACACAUUAUCCUUCCCGGUCACUCCCUUAAGCAUCGAUCCUUCCCUACUGAAUACGACUGCAUUGGCAGGUGUGAGUCAACCUGAUCUUGAGAUGGAACUGGCCGACAUAGCCGACAAAGACAUAUGGGUGUCCAAGUUUAGACGCUUGACAGCAGACCUUGAAGAUGUUGCCCGUCAGAAGGCCGUUCUUGCUCAGAAUCACAAAUGGAGUGAUAUUGAAAACCUUCCAAAACCGGACAAACUUGUGUUCGAAACAUGGAAUGCUAUGUCUGACAUUUAUGUAAACAUGAAAAAGUAUGCGCUUGGAGUCCUGUCGAUCUUUGGAUCCACAUAUGUAUGUAAGCAGGUGUUCUCCAACAUGAACUUUAUUAAAAACAAACAUCGCGCACGCCUCACAGAUGACAGCUUGCGAUCCUGUGUAAAGAUGAAGGUGACGUCAUACAGCCCUGAUGUGCAGACGCUGUGCGCUGAGGUCCAGGACCAGAAAUCCCAUUAACCAAGCUGACAGCUGGCUGAUGUUAUUUUUGGUUUGCUGCUGGCGGAAAAUUUAAGUUCGGCGUUUUUCAUAAAUACAAGAAGGACUCAAAUAGACAUUGAGUAUUUUACUUAAAAGUAACUUUCAACCCAACGUCUUUUUUUCGGAGUUCAAAAUGUUUUUGUUGCAUGCAGAAAUGUAAUUUCGU